AUGUCGAGGCGGUCAGCGCAACCCGACAUUUCUAUCUACGGUGACGAGCUCGAGGCCCGACGCGCCAUGCUCGAGCACAACCUCCAGCACACCGACCUCUCCCUCCACCUCUCCUCCCGCUCCCGCCUCGAUGCCUCUACCGAUGAGCUCGAGUAUCCGCGCCACGCAGGUGUCCCGUCUCCUCCCUUCUCGGCAUAUGCGUCCUUCGACCACCGCUCUGGUGACGACUUUGACCCCCAUGAGCAAUCUCGCUUCCACGCCUGGUCCUACCACACCGACGAUGGCAUCCAACCCUACGCACACGAGUCGCUCUCGACUGCUCACCACCACGCUAGCGCUCUAACCAUCAACGCCGGCCUUGGUGGGGGUAGAGGACAGAGAAGAGAUCUCAGUCUUAGCGGAGCAGAGUACGACCCCGAUCGCCCUUUGAACGGGAUCAUAGCCGGCAUCGCUGGUCGCUUCACCGCUUUCGAUGCCAACUCUACGCGUUCUCGCCAAAUCACCGCCAGCGCCGCUGACUUCGACCCCCUGGUUGUCGACGACACCGCCGAACUCGACCGCGUCCUCCAGUCAGGCCAUGCCCCCGCUGCAUUCCGGUCCUCUCACUCUUCGUCCGCCUCCAGCUCAGAUCCAUCUGAGCCCCGCUCUCCCCAACCUCAGCAAGACUCCCGCCCUCGACUUUCCGACGCUCUCAACCACUUGACCUUCUCCCCUAAACGCCCCCGCAGCGCCCAAGGCCUCCCUUCGCCCCGACUCGCGAGCAUGACCAUCCGCUCAUCGACCCCGGACCGCUCUGCCAUUCCGCGGCACGUCUCUUCUCCCUCUCCAGGGCCAUUCCCGACGUCCACCCCGAGGCCACAGCGGUACAACACCUCGUUGUCGUACGCCGCACAGAACAGCUUCACCCACCCGCAACCAGAGGUGAACAUCCAGCCGGCGACGCCAUCCAUCCGACACCAUCGUUCGGGAGAGCAGGACCAGUCCUCCAAGUUCACAGCCAUGGCGAGGGGAUUGAAGCGGGAUAUCGCGGAGGAGGCUGACGCUGAGUUGCAGCGCAAGGGCCGGUUCCCGCCUACAGAGGCGACGCCGAAGGCAUACCACCACAGUACACUCGCGUCGAAGCACCGGCGUCCGCCAAAUGCUAUCCACGAUCCGAAGGCCAACAGGUUUGACAAGGUGCCACUCGCGGCGACCCCGUUCAAGAAAACCGUGCAUCUACCGGAUAUGACGGGCCUUACUUCUGCGGUCGCUUCCCCAGCGAAGGUGGAUAUCGAGUUCUAUGGGUAUGAUCCCAAGGAAACGACUGAGAUUGAAGGCAAGCAUAUCAUCAUUCCACCGGCGCGCCUUAUUGCGACUUUGACUGUCGUUCAAAACAAGCUGGGCCACCUCGAAGCCGAGAACAGCGUCUCCCGGAGACGGGUGCGUGAGCUCGAGCUCGAGUUAGAGGCUUGCAAGAAGGAAGUGGCCAGGGAGAGGACGCGGAUUAUGGAGCACGAGCAGAGCGCGAUGAAGGAUGAUCAGCCACAACCGAGGACGCGGGUAUCGAGAGAGAAGCUUCAGCAAGAGCAGCGCCAGAAGUCUGAGGCUGACCAGGCGGAACUUGCCGCGUCUGAGGCGCGAUACAAGAACGCAGUGGAGGAGAAAAAAGCGCUCGAGUCUUUGAUAUCGACACUACGCUCGCAUUUGACACGACUCACGGCAGAACUGUCCGAGCAUAAGCAGCUGCUUCUGGAGUUGCGGCAACUGCGGGAGUCGGACGCACGGACACUGGCGGAGAAGAGCUCCGACGUGGACCGACUCAGGCAAGAGGUUGAGCGCUUGGCGGGUGAGGUCGAGGUCCUCCGUGGGGUAGUAGAGGAGGGCCUCAAGGAACGCCGAGGACUGCGAGAACAAUCUGUCGACCCCACCAACGACAAGGCGAAGAAUACGGAAGACAGCAGUGAUGAAGAAAGCGACGAAGAGAGCGUGACCGCCGCCCCUCCAGUGCCCCCUGUGCCUGGACAACGUGUUCCCCUCCGGCCGCCGUCAGUUCGUAGCGAAUCAAGCGACGAGGAGGAUGAAGAAGAGUCGGCUGGUCAGCGGUCACCCACCCCUUCCCCAAAGCGAAAGUUGGGGAAUUCAGCUGCAGACAAGACGAUGCGGACCGACUUUGCCACUGUAGCGUCCUCUCAGGGUCCCAGUCUUGCCGCCAACAUCUCCCGUCCCUCCUUCCUUGGUGAAGACGAAGUCAGCAGGAUCGCUCAGGAGGUCUCGGCACGUCGCUCUGAACGAUCUAUUCAGUCACAGUCCCAAUCCCAGGAGGAUUCGCAAUCCCAGGUGUUGACAACGCAGGAUCCCUCUCCCAACUGGUCGCGCAACCCCGCUCCCGCCGUCUCGCAUCGGCCGUCACGCGUCGGUUCGCCGUCGGUCGUGGUCGAGACUGACGCGUCAGGCUCCGCGGUCCCAAACGAGCAGCUCAUCCGCCAACUCGAGUACUCCGUCCGCUUCGCCGACGAGCCCAGCGCCGCGACCAGUCGCCCUGCGUCUCCCGUCCUCACCGCCAUCCCUGGCCCAGCCCACGUCCACGCCCCGCGGCCCUCCGCCCCCACGCCCGGAGCCGCACAGAAACGCCGGGCGCACACCGCUCCUCAAUCCCAGCCCACGCAACAGACGAAACCCAAGCCCGCGACGGAAGGCGCGUUCCCACAGAUCCGGGGCGAACGCCUGGAACGCCUUUUCUUCUCCGCGCCCGCGCACGACGCCGAGACGUGCACCGUCUGCCACCGCCGGCGUCGGCGCCGCCCCGCGGACGUCGCGAAUGCGGAGUCGUGGCUGCGCGACCACGCGGAGCGGCGGGCGGACGAGGACGAGGACGAGGACGAGGGUUUUGUGGAGGGCGAUGACGAUCGCCAACGCGAGCGCAAGGCGUAUACGGCGAAGACGGCGAGGGACCGGGUGCCGCCGCAGACGGUGCUUGCGCGUGUGCUGCGGGAGUUGGAAGACGACUUCACGCACUACAAGGGAAUAUAUGUGGAGCUCGCGGAUCAGUACAAAGACAUGGACCCGGUGUCUAAUGUCGUCAAGAGGAACGUCCUCGCAGAUCACUUGCGCGAAGUCAUCGACGUCCUUGAACAGAAGGGCAACCAGAUUGCUUCCCUUUAUGACCUGCUGACAUUCAAGGACAAACCACUGAAUGAGUCCGUCGCGCCCGAAAAGCCCCCGCCGCGGAGUGCCCCGCCCACGUACGGCCGCAGGUAUCCCGGCCCGUCCUCAUAG